GAUGACAAAGAGAAUAGGAUACAGAAGCUGGAGAUGGUCGGCGCUUUGGUGGUAUUAUUUUUUUCUCUUGUGGAGUACAAUAGCCGGACAGACUCGUUACAGCAUCCCAGAGGAACUAAAACAAGGAUCUAUUGUGGGAAAUCUAGCAAAAGAUUUAGGUUUGGGAUUGUCUGAGAUCUUUGACCGUAAGCUCCGCGUCGCGUCUGAGGCUGGUGAGCAGUAUUUCACUGUGGAUGCGGGGAAGGGCGAGCUGGUGGUGAAUGACAGAAUAGACAGAGAGGCUCUAUGUGGACAAAGCGUCAGCUGUGUGUUAACACUGCAGGUGGUGAUUGAUAAACCAUUACAACUGUACAGGGUGGAAGUGGAAAUUCUAGAUAUUAAUGAUAAUUCUCCAAUAUUUCCUUCGCAAAAUAUCAUAUUAGAGAUAUCAGAGUCGACAGCGGCCGGGGCGCGAUUUCCAGUGGAGACCGCGCAAGAUAUUGAUGUUGGAGUAAAUUCUGUGAGGUCAUAUACUAUAAGUAAAGAUGACUAUUUUAGUUUAAAGAUUAAAGAUGUAUCUGGAGGGAGAAAAGUCCCAGAGCUUGUCUUGUCUAAACCCCUGGACAGAGAGAAAAAAGCUAAACAUCAGCUUCAGUUAACAGCUCUAGACGGAGGAAACCCUGUGAAAUCUGGGACCUCUCUAAUAACUAUUAAUGUGCUUGAUAUUAACGAUAAUUUUCCUAUAUUUGAGAAAAAUGUUUACAAAGUGUCAUUAAGCGAAAAUACUGCCCAAGGUGCCUCUAUUCUUCAACUAAUAGCAAGAGAUAUUGACGAGGGUCCUAAUGGUGAUGUAGAGUAUUCAUUUGGGGCCCACAUACCAGAUACAGUGCUAUCUCUAUUUAAUAUUAAUUCAUUAACAGGAGAAAUGCGUCUUACAGGAAUAUUAGACUUUGAAACAAACUCAAAUUAUGAAAUUGAUAUUAGCGCAAAAGACAGAGGAACGCCGAGAAUGGAGGGACAUUGCUCUGUCCACAUCGAGGUGUUGGACGUUAAUGACAAUGCUCCAAACAUAUUCCUGACCUCUCAACCAAAUUCUGUACCCGAAGAUUCUCCGAGUGGCACAGUCGUCGCUUUAAUAAGUGCACGAGACCUCGACUCUGGUGACAACGGUAAAGUGGUCUUACAGCUUCCUAAAGGCUGUCAUUUUAACCUAAAACCAUCAUUUUCUGACAAUUACGCACUCGUCACUGGAGAUUCGUUAGACCGUGAGAGAUUCUCCGAGUAUAAUAUCGAUAUAACUGCCACAGAUUUAGGAUCUCCUCCUCUGUCGACUACAACGACUGUACACGUCACCGUUACUGAUGUUAACGACAACCCUCCUGUGUUUACUCAGCCUUUCUAUAGUGUUUAUUUAAAAGAGAACAAUGUUCCAGGCUCCAUCCUCCACUCAGUGUCAGCAUCUGACCUGGAUUUAGGCGACAACGCUAAAAUCUCCUACUCUAUACUGGACUCUAAAGUGCAGGACGUGUCCGUCUCCUCCUAUGUUUACAUCAACUCCGAUAACGGCAGCAUCUACAGCAUGCACUCGUUUGACUACGAGAAGCUGAAGGUGUUUCAGAUCCAGGUUCAGGCAAAGGAUCAGGGCUCUCCGUCUCUGAGCAGCAACGCCACCGUCCAUGUUUUCAUCCUGGACCAGAACGACAACGCCCCCGCUGUCAUUUACCCCUCCUCCGCUGCCCUGGGCUCCCUCUCUCAUCAGAGGAUGCCCCGCUCCGCUAAAGCUGGCCACCUGGUUACCAAGGUAACGGCCGUGGACGCUGACUCGGGCCAUAACGCCUGGAUCUCCUACAGACUGGCGGAGGCCACAGACGCCUCUCUGUUCACGGUCAAUCUGUACACAGGGGAGGUGAGGACUAAACGCGCUGUGUCCGAGCAGGACGACUCCUCUCAGAGGCUGCUCAUAGAGAUCAAGGACGACGGGGAACCGGUCCAGUCCUCCACCGUCACGGUGUCCAUCCUGCUGGAGGACGGCCUCCAUGAGCCCAUCCUAGAUCUGCGGCACAAGUUGUCGGAGCCCAGCAGGAAAACUGGGAGAAUCACGCUUUACCUGAUUCUGUCUCUGGCCUCGGUGUCCGUGCUGUCUCUGGUGACUUUGCUCAUCUUAGCGGUUAAAUGCAUCAGGAGCAGCAGAAGCAGCGGCAGCUGCUGCAUGAGGCGCAGCGACUGUGAUGACUACAAGAACCCCAACAGAAACCUGCAGAUUCAGCUCAACACCGAUGGACCUAUAAAGUACGUGGAGGUCCUGGGAGGAGACAUGUUGUCUCAGAGUCAGUCCUUCAGGUCGUGCAUGUCUCCGAUGUCCGAGUACAGUGAUUUCACUUUGAUUAAGCCGAGCAGCACCACAGACUUUAAGGAGGUGAUCAGUGUUCUGGAUGCGUCUUUACCCGACAGCACCUGGACCUUUGAGAGCCAGCAGGUGAGAAAUCAGUGUACCUGUUAUACACCUCAUCUGCAUAGAUAUACAUUUUUUUCUGGGGUCUGUAUGAAAUAUUUAAAACAUAUUUAUCAAUAAAUAAAUGUAUUUAAA